AUGGGAAUAGAAUUGAAUGGCAGACAUCCACUUCUUCUAUAUGGAUAUGGAGCCUAUGGAUGUUCGCUUGAUGCUUAUUUUUCACACGCUACUUUUUCUCUUCUUGAUAGAGGAUUUGUCUAUGCCAUUGCAAAUGUGAGGGGUGGCUCUGAGAAUGGUAGAGGUCAUUAUCUUGAUGGAAAAUUAUUGAAUAAGAAAAAUAGCUUUUUCGACUUUAUCGAUUGUGCUGAAUAUUUGAUUAAGGAAGGUUGGACGAGCACCAACAAACUAGUGAUCGAGGGAGGAAGUGCUGGUGGACUAUUGAUUGGUGGUGUAAUUGCUUUUAAACCUGAAUUAUUUAGAGCUGCAAUUUUGGAAGUUCCAUUUGUUGAUAUCAUUAAUUCCAUGUCAGAUUCAUCCAUUCCAUUAUCAGUCACAGAAUACGAUGAAUGGGGUAAUCCACAAAACGUAGCACAUUUCGAAUACAUGUUGUCUUAUUCACCUUAUGACAAUAUUGAUAAGGAGGAAAAUAUUACAAAACCUUAUCCAGCUUUACUCAUUGACCAUGCAUUGAAUGAUUCAAGAGUUCAGUAUUGGGAAGGAUUAAAAUUUGUUGCAAAGGUUCGCCAUUUUUAUGCAACACCAAAUAGAACACGUCACUUUCCAACUCCAAGUCUCGUUCUAUGCAAAACAAACAUGAAACAAGGACAUGGUGGAGCCAGUCAACGUUACGAGUCCUACAAGGAAGUUGCAUACAGAUAUGCUUUUGCUAUUAGCCAAGUUCAAGAAGAGACAAAAUAA